AGGAAGCUGGUAGGAGGCUGUAGCGGUCCCUCCCUCUGACUCUCCGCCCUUGGAGGCGUUUCAAACCCGGCAGAGAAAUGAGAGCACAUCUCGGCUCCGGCUGAACCUCUGCGCCUUGUCUUCCUGUCCUAAAGCAGUCGAGCCGAUAAGGCGAAAACAGAGGAGCCGUCACCAUGGGGGACGACAGCGAGUGGAUGAAGCUGCCCAUUGACCAGAAGUGUGAACACAAGGUAUGGAAGGCCAGACUGAAUGGAUAUGAAGAAGCGCUGAAGCUUUUCCAGAGGAUCGGGGACGAAAAGAGUCCUGAAUGGGGGAAAUACCUGGGACUGAUCAAAAAGUUUGUUACAGAGUCCAACGCCGUGGCUCAGCUGAAAGGCUUGGAAGCAGCACUUGUCUUUAUUGAGAAUGCGCAUGUGGCUGGCAAGACAACAGGGGAAGUGGUGUCAGGUGUAGUAAGUAAAGUUUUCAACCAGCCCAAAGCCCGAGCCAAAGAGCUGGGAACAGAUAUCUGCCUCAUGUACGUCGAGAUCGAGAAAGCGGAGAUCGUCCAAGAUGAGCUCAUCAAAGGACUGGAUAACAAGAACCCUAAGAUCAUAGUGGCCUGCAUUGAAACUCUCAGAAAGGCUUUGAGCGAAUUCGGUUCCAAAAUCAUUACCCUGAAGCCAGUAGUCAAAGUGUUGCCAAAGCUGUUUGAGUCUCGAGAGAAGGCGGUGCGUGACGAGGCCAAACUGCUAGCAGUAGAGAUCUAUAAAUGGAUUCGGGAUGCUUUGCGAACUCCACUGCAGAAUAUCAACUCUGUACAGUUGAAAGAGUUGGAGGAGGAGUGGGUGAAGCUGCCCGCCGGUGUGCCAAAGCAGAGCCGCUUUCUGCGCUCUCAGCAGGACCUGAAGGCAAAGUUUGAGCAGCAGCAGGCAGCCGGUGGAGAUGAGCCCGAUGGUGAUGACGAUGAUGUAGGUGAUACACAAGUGGAUCCAUACGAGCUGCUGGAAGCUGCUGAGAUCCUUUCAAAAAUCCCAAAAGAUUUCUAUGAAAAAAUCGAAGCAAAGAAGUGGCAGGAAAGGAAGGAGGCCUUAGAGGCAGUGGAGGCCCUUGCUAAAAACCCCAAGCUUGAGGGCGGUGACUAUGGGGACUUGGUCCGAGCUCUCAAGAAGGUUAUUGGAAAAGAUGCCAAUGUGAUGCUUGUAACACUGGCGGCCAAAUGUCUGGCUGGACUGGCAGCAGGACUGCGCAAAAAGUUUGGAACAUAUGCAGGCCAUGUGGUGCCAACCAUUUUGGAGAAGUUUAAGGAGAAGAAACCUCAGGUGGUCCAGGCCUUACAGGAGGCAAUUGAUGCAGUCUUUCUAACUACGAAUCUACAGAACAUCAGUGAGGACGUGUUGGCGGUGAUGGACAACAAGAACCCAACGAUCAAACAGCAGGCAUCGCUGUUCCUAGCCCGAAGCUUUCGCCAUUGCACUCCUGCCACGCUACCAAAGAGCGUCCUGAAGCCACUCUGCUCUGCGUUCCUCAAGCAAGUGAAUGACUCUGCACCAGAGGUGAGAGAUGCUGCGUUUGAGGCGUUGGGCACAGCCAUGAAGGUGGUUGGAGAGAGAGCUGUGAACCCCUUCCUGGCCGAUCUGGACAAACUCAAAUUGGACAAGAUAAAAGAAUGUGCUGAUAAAGUGGAACUUGUUGGAGGGAAGAAGGGAGAAGGUGGAGGAGGUGGAGGGGGGCAGAAGAAGGAGAAACCUGCAGCUAAACCUCCCCCUGUGGAAGAGCCUCCUGCUAAACCUGCUGGUCCUCCUAAAAAAGCUCCUGCACCCAAAGCCGCAGGUCCUCCCAAAAAAAGCAAAUCCACUGCUGCUGCCAGUGGCAAGUCAAAGAAAGGGGCAGAAACUAAAGAAGUCACAGAGACUGAAUUAUCUCUGGAAGUGUGUGAGGAGAAGGCUGCAGCCGUGCUCCCAGCUUCCUGUAUGCAGCUGCUGGACAGCGCUAACUGGAAGGAGAGGCUAGCUAGCAUGGAAGAGUUUCAGAGGGCUGUUGAACAGAUGGACAGGACGGAAAUGCCAUGCCAGGCUCUAGUGAGAAUGUUGGCUAAGAAACCUGGGUGGAAAGAGACCAAUUUUCAGGUGAUGCAGAUGAAGCUGCACAUUGUUGGCCUCAUCGCUGGGAAAGGAUCCUUCUCAAAAACGUCGGCUCUCGUCGUGUUGGACGGUCUGGUGGACAAAAUCGGGGAUGUGAAAUGUGGAAGCAAUGCCAAAGAGUCUCUAACUGCAAUUGGAGAAGCCUGCUCGCUGCCCUGGACUGCUGAACAGGUGGUCUCUUUGGCCUUUGCACAGAAGAACCCCAAAAACCAGGCUGAGACACUGAACUGGCUGGCCAACGCCAUGAAGGAGUUCGGCUUUGCAGGGAUAAACGUGAAGGCUUUCAUCAACAACGUCAAAACUGCUUUGGGUGCCACCAACCCGGCUGUGAGGACGUCUGCUAUUACUCUGCUGGGUGUGAUGUUCUUGUACAUGGGGGCUCCACUGCGCAUGUUCUUUGAAGAUGAAAAGCCGGCCCUGCUUUCUCAAAUAGAUGCCGAAUUUGAGAAGAUGCAGGGCCAGUCUCCUCCUGCUCCCACACGAGGCUUGUCCAAGAAAGGACCCGAGGAUGAUGGGGAAGAGGCCGAUGAAGAGGAAGCUGAGGGAGGGGCCGGUGAUAUUAUGGACCUGCUGCCCAGAACUGAUAUCAGUGAUAAAAUCACAUCAGACAUGGUGGCGAAGAUUAGUGACAAGAACUGGAAGAUCCGAAAGGAAGGGCUGGAUGAGGUGACUGCUGUCAUUUCAGAGGCCAAGUUCAUCCAGGCCAACAUCGGAGAGCUGCCCAUGGCACUGAAGGGCCGUCUUGGAGACUCCAACAAACUACUGGUUCAGCAAACCCUGACCAUCUUGCAGCAGAUUGCUACAGCUAUGGGUCCAGCUCUCAAACAACAUGUGAGGAAUUUGGGCUUCCCCAUCAUCACCGUAUUGGGAGACAGCAAGCCCAACGUCCGUGCUGCUGCCAUGACGACGGUAAACACGUGGGUGGAGCAGACCGGCCUGAAGGAGUGGCUGGAAGGUGAAGACUUGUCAGAAGAGCUGAAACGGGAGAAUCCCUUUCUCAGACAGGAGGUUUUGGGCUGGUUGGCUGAGCGUCUGCCCAACAUGCGUUCCGUUCCUGCUGAUCUGAUGCUGUGUAUCCCUCACCUCUACACCUGUCUGGAGGAUCGCAGUGGAGACGUGCGGAAGAAAGCCCAGGACGCUCUACCCAUGUUUAUGAUGCAUCUGAGCUACGAAAAGAUGAUCAAAGCCACUAACAAACUCAAGCCGGCCUCAAAGGACCAGGUGGUUGCCAUGUUGGAGAAGGCCAGGGCUGUAAUGCCAGCCAAACCUGCUGCACCCGCAAAGGCUGCCCCGUCUAAAGCAGCUCAGAGUGCUCCUCCUUCAAAACCUGCCCCUGCACCGGCUAAAAGCCAGCCUGCGGUGGACGACUACAGCCCACCAGAACCCAAACAGGACACCAAGAAACCCAAAACAGCGGGGCCUGCUCAGAAAAAGGGAGUGUUGGGAAAGAAGGCUCCUGUCAAGGCUGCUAAUAAAGAUGAUGAAGACAGGUCAGGUCCUAUCUUUAUCCUUGUGCCUAAUGGCAAGGAGCAGAGGAUGAAGGAGGAGAAAGCACUAAAGAUCCUGAAGUGGAACUUCAUCACUCCACGGGACGAAUAUGUGGAACAGCUGAAGACUCAAAUGGCCACAUGCCUGGCAAAGUGGCUACAGGAUGAACUCUUUCACUACGACUUCCAGCGCCAUGUGAAGGCCAUCAACUCCAUGAUUGAGCACAUGGAUGGCGAGUCAGACGCCGUGAUCGGUUGCCUGGACCUGAUCAUGAAGUGGUUCACGCUGCGCUUCUUCGACACGAACACCAGUGUGCUGAUGAAGGCCAUGGAGUUUCUCAAACUGCUUUUCACCAUGCUGAGCAGAGAAAACUACCACCUGAGCGAGUACGAAGCCUCGUCCUUCAUCCCUUACCUCAUCCUGAAGGUCGGGGAAUCCAAAGACGUGGUGCGCAAAGACGUCCGUGCCAUUUUGACCAUGCUGUGUAACGUGUAUUCUCCUAGUAAAAUGUUUCCCUUCCUCAUGGAGGGGACCAAGUCCAAGAAUUCCAAGCAGAGAUCAGAAUGUCUUGAAGAGCUUGGGUGCCUGAUCGAGAACUAUGGCAUGAACGUGUGCCAGCCGACGCCCGCCAAGGCUCUGAAAGACAUCGCCGUUCACAUUGGAGACCGUGACACAUCGGUGCGCAAUGCAGCGCUAAAUACAGUGGUGGCAGCUUACAACGUCUGUGGGGACCAGGUCUUCAAACUCAUCGGCAAUCUCUCGGAGAAGGACAUGAGCAUGUUGGAGGAGAGGAUCAAGCGCUCGGCUAAGAAAGCGCCUGCCGUCUCGACCAAACAGGAGAAAACACAUAGGGAACAGCCCAGUAAUCCUAACGCUACCUUCCUACGCAAGCCUGCGCAAGAGGAGGUGCCGAACAAACUCAAAAUAAUGUAUCGCACGUAUAGGAUUCAAGCUCGGUCACAGAAUGCCCACUCUGAGCACACUGCACCCUCCAUCCCCAAGGAGUUUCAGCUUGACCUGGACAUGAUCGAGAAUGACCACACACGCGUCAGCGACUUCCCCGACCUUGUGCAGCACAAACUGGAUGAGCUCCUCGAGCCCGUCAUGAUCCCUGAGCCCAAGAUUCGUGCUAUCUCACCUCACUUUGAUGACCUCCACAACAGCACAGCCUCCACCAUCAACUUUGUCAUCUCACAGGUUGCUAGUGGUGACAUUAACACCAGUAUCCAGGCACUGGCACAGAUUGACGAGGUGCUGCGGCAGGAAGACAAAGCAGAAGCCAUGUCGGGCCACAUAGACCAGUUCCUGAUCGCCACUUUCAUGCAGCUCCGCCUCAUCUACAACACACACAUGGCAGAUGACCGGCUGGACAAGAAGGACAUCUUCAAACUGUACAGCUGCAUCAUCGGCAACAUGCUCUCGUUGUUCUCUAUGGAGAGUCUGGCACGGGAGGCUUCUAUGGGUGUGUUGAAGGAUCUGAUGCAUGGUCUGAUCACACUGAUGCUGGACUCACGUGUGGAGGACAUCGAGGAUGGCCAGCAGCUCAUCCGCUCUGUCAACCUGCUGGUGGUGCGAGUGCUAGAGAAGUCUGAUCAAACCAACAUCCUAAGUGCUCUGCUGGUGCUCCUGCAGGACAGCCUGAUCACCACCGCGGGAUCCCCCAUGUUCUCCGAGCUCGUCAUGAAGUGUCUGUGGAGAAUGAUCCGCUUCCUGCCCGAGACCAUUAACAGUAUUAACCUGGACCGCAUCUUGCUGGACGUCCAUAACUUCAUGAAGGUUUUCCCGAAAGAAAAGCUGAAGCAGCUGAAGAGCGACGUGCCACAUCGCACUCUUAAAACCUUACUGCACACACUCUGCAAGCUCACUGGGGCCAAGAUACUGGACCAUCUGUCUAUGAUCGAGAACCGGAAUGAGUCCGAACUGGAGGCUCAUCUGAGGCGCGUGGUGAAGCAUUCAGGAAAUUUCUCAGGCCUCAAGUCUGACCAGAACUCUGAGAAAAUGGCCUUACGAUCCGAUGAGAAAGUGAUCAAAGCAAAAGUGAGCGACAUUCUCUCAGAGAUCUUCAAAAAGAUCGGCUCCAAGGAGAACACUAAAGAGGGCUUGACUGAGCUGUAUGAAUAUAAGCAGAAGUAUUCAGACGCUGACUUGGAGCCCUUCCUGAGGAACACGUCUCAGUUUUUCCAGAGCUAUGUCGAGCGUGGUCUCCGUAUGAUCGAGUCAGAGCGGGAGGGGAAGAGCCGUCUGCAGAGUUCUUCAGUGAUUCCACAGCACAGUGUGGAUUCUGCGUACCCCUCCAACCACAGCUCCAUGUCGGUCAGCAGUAACGGGGAAGAUCUGAAACCUGCUGUUUACUACGAGAGACUGAAGAUCCUCCGGCAACGACACGGACUCGAGAACUCUAAGCAGCAGCAGCAGCAACAGCAGCAGCAGGACGACGAGCGUCCUCUGUCCUCCCUGCUGUCCAGGCCUCCACUGGCCUCCUCCACCGACAUGCUUCACAGUAAGCUGUCGCAGCUGAAGGAGUCGCGAGAGUCCCAGCUGCAGCAAGAGCAGUCACGCUCGCAUAGCCCGGGCCGAGCUUCCUCACCCGCCUCUAACCUCGAUGACCUCAAAAAGAGGCUCGAGCGCAUCAAGAGUAACCGCCAAUAAAGACGAGCUCCUCCCACUCCUGCACCUAGUGAACUACAGCUAGCUAAACUGCUAACCUCCGUUAAGUCGCGCUAGUCUUUCUCACCACUGCUCCCGGCUCGGCCGAUUGUUUUGGUUUUUUUCCCCAGGUCUGGUUUAUGUAUAGAUUAACAUUAUUGAAAAUAGGGAGAAAAAAAAAAUAAAACGGCAGGUUUGUCCCAUUGUAUAAUAUGAAGUAAACUGCAUUUUUGCUCGUUUAGUAUUGUGCACAAUUGUUUGAGGGUUGUUUUUUUUUUUUGUAUAUACUGACGGUUGUUAACCACUCCAGGCUUUUCUGUGUCAUGUUUAGGAAUUACAGUAGAUGUGCAAAAGUGCUGUAAUAUGUGUUACCUGGAGAUUUCCAGACUUCCACUCAUCUUUUUUUUAUUAUUAUUAUUUUAAGACAUUUUACACGAAAUGUCCUUCUCUCCAGGUCUCCACGGGGUUUCUCUGCCCAGCUAACGUUUGCCAUUUUUGCUUUUUCUGUCACUGAGGCGCUUGAAGGAUUUACUUUGUUUUUUUAAGUAAUUUAAGGAGCAUGGCAUGAAGUACUUGAUGUUUUUUUCUGUAAAUAGGUUGCAUUACUAAGCCCUGUUUAAUUAAUAAUUAAUGAACUACAUUUUUUUGUUUAAUAAUAUUUCCAACAUCUUGCACUUGAGAGCAGAAUGUUGGUUCUGAUGCAUCGUUUUUGUAUUUCAUUCAAGUAGUGUUGUUGCUAUUGAGUUUAAGUGUAUAAUCUAUAGUGAAAAUGGCAAUAAAGAAUUUUUUUUAUAUAAUGUAACAAACUA